AAAGAGAAUCGAGCAACCCUUGUCAGCCUAAAGUAAAAUGGCGACUGGAAAAGCAGCCUCAGUUGUUACACGCCAAGUUCGUCCGAUUUUAUCUCUUUCUCACAAUGAAGCUCGGAUGAGAGCCCUUGCUUUGUACAAAGCUUGGUAUCGCCAAAUCCCCCACACAGUGAACGAGAAUGAUUUUCCUAAGAGUGUGAAACAAUGUCGUCAAAAGCUGAGGGAAGAAUUCAUGAAGCACAAGGAUGUGAAGGAUGUUCGAGUGAUUGAUAUGCUAAUUAUUAAAGGUCAAAUGGAGCUCCAGGAAACAGCUACCAAAUGGAAACAAUCUAUGCAUAUUAUGGCGUAUUGGAAAGAUACAGUCAACAAGAAGCCAACCGAUUUUUACUCAAAAUUUUUAGAAGGGAAAGAUUAGAUGCCAACUGGCAAUUUUAUGGUGAAGCAUUAAUUUGAUGUGAAUAAAGAAAAUGCAACAUGAAGUUUUCAUCUUCUGUAGUUGGUGUAUUAUGCAUUAAUAUGCAUUGCAAUAAUAAAUGUACAUAUUUGAAUAAUUA